GAUUCACAACCAAGAACGGGAGGACGGCGAGAAAACGUUUCAAGUACCUGACACGUAACUGCAAACAAAACAGGAUUAUUUUCAGUUGUCAUUGAGGAAGCGUUUAUCUGUUUUACCCCGGGAGCUGGGGGUAACCGUUCACGACACCCCCGCAAUGGAUAGGGUCAUAACUUGUUUCUUCGCUGCGGUCAGUUUGUUGGUUUCAGUUAGAGGACAAGUAUUUAAAGGUGACUGUGACUUUGAGCAGCCCUACACUGCGUGUGGGUACAGCCAGGGGAAGGAUGAUGACCUGGAGUGGGAGCAAGUCAAUACCAAUGAGAAGCCGUCCUCAGAUCCAUGGGUUCCAGCAGGUUCGGCCUUCAUGAUGGUGAACACGUCCGGCAGGUUCACAGGCCAGAGGGCGCAGCUGCUCACGCCGCAGCUUAAGGAGAAUGACACCCACUGCAUCAUCUUCCAGUACCUGGUGUCGGGCCGUGAGGGCACCAACCCGGGCCUCCUCAACAUCUACGUUAAGGAGAACAACAGCCCGCUGGGGGUCCCUGUGUGGAACGUAUCCAGGCCUGCCACUCGCACCUGGGGACAGGUGGAGCUGGCUGUCAGCACCUUCUGGCCCAACUUCUACCAGAUUGUGUUUGAAGUGGUGACCUCGGGACAGCGUGGCCUGCUCGCCAUAAAGGACGUGGUCCUCCAGGGUCACCAGUGCAUGAACACCCCGCACUUCCUGCACAUAAAGGGUGUGGAGGUCAACGCUGGGCAAACAGCCACUUUCCACUGCACCGUCAACGGCCGCCACCGUGAGAACUUCAACCUCUGGUUACAGGGCAUCAGUGGCCGGGAGGCCCCAAUGAAAGCAACCAAACCCUGGAACAACCGGCGCUUCAUCGGAACGUUCGAUGUGGAGAACACCACCAAGGGUGACUCUGGCCGCUACCGCUGCAUUGUCCACACAGACAAAGGUGUCGGGGUGUCCAACUACGGUCAGCUGACCAUAAAACAACCCCCGGUCCCGAUCGCACCGCCACAGCUGACUGCAGUCGGCGCCACCUACCUGUGGAUCCAGCUGAACGCAAACUCGAUCAAUGGGGACGGGCCCAUCGUGGAGAGGGAGGUGGAGUACCGCACUGUAUCUGGGACCAUGUACGACCUGCAGCCUGUGGACAAGACCACCCACAAGAUCGGCCACCUGGACCCCGACACCGAAUACGAGAUCAGUGUCCUGCUCACCAGGCCCCUGGACGGAGGCACAGGGGCCCCGGGGCCCCCCCUCCGCGCCCGCACCAAGUGUGCUGAGCCAAUGCACGGGCCCAAGAGGCUGCAGGUGGUGGACAUCCAGUCCAAGCAGAUCACCGUCCGCUGGGAGCCGUUCGGCUACAACGUAACCCGCUGCCACAGCUACAACCUCACCGCGCAGUACCGCUACCGGGCUGGUGCCAAGGAGGAGACCCGCGAGGAGGUGUGCUACGACACCCUGAGCCCUGCCCCCCAGCACACCAUCCGAAACCUGGCGCCCUACACCAACCUGAGCGUCAAGCUGGUCCUGCGCAACCCAGAGGGGGUCAAGGAGAGCGUGGAGCUCCAGGUGCAGACCGACGAGGAUGUUCCGGGGGCGGUGCCUCUGGAAUCCAUCCAGGGAAGCACCUAUGAGGAGAAGAUUGGCCUCAGGUGGCGGGAGCCAGUGCAGACAUAUGGCAUCAUCACGCAGUAUGAGAUCUCCUACAAGGCAGUGAGCUCGUUCGACCCGGAGUUGGACCUGUCCAAUCAGAGCGGGAAGGUUUUCAAGCACAGUAACGAGACGGCCCACAUGUUCCUGGGCCUGGUCCCUGGGUCCACCUACUCCUUCACCAUCAGAGCCAGCACAGCCAAGGGCUAUGGACCUCCCGUCAUCACACAGUUCACCACCAAGAUUUCAGCUCCCUCCAUGCCCGGCUACGAUCAGGAGACCCCGCUGAAUCAGACCGACAGCACGGUGACAGUCCUGCUGAAGCCGGCUCAGAGCCGCGGGGCGCCAGUCAGCGUGUACCAGGUGGUGGUGGAGGAGGAGCGGCCACGUCGGGCCAGGAGGGCGGCGGAGAUCCUUCGCUGCUACCCGGUGCCCAUCCACUUCCAGAACGCCAGCCUGCUCAACUCACAGUACUACUUCACGGCUGAGUUCCCCGCAGGGGGCAUCCCGGCGCCCCAGCCCUUCAGCAUCGGGGACAACAGGACCUACAGCGGCUACUGGAAUGCCCCGCUCCUGCCCCACAAGAGCUACAGCAUUUACUACCAGGCCGUCAGCUCCGCAAACGGGGAGACCAAAAUUGACUGUGUGCGCGUGGCCACCAAAGCCGCUAUAAUCGUGACACAGCUCACCACUCCCUACAUACGCAUCGCCCCGGCGGCUGGCGACAGCCAACUAACAGGGGCGGCCACCCGGAAGCCUGAUGCGGUCGAACCAGAGAAGCAGACCGACCACACGGUGAAGAUCGCCGGGGUCAUCGCUGGCAUACUGCUCUUUGUCAUCAUCUUCCUCGGUGUGGUGCUGGUCAUGAAGAAAAGAAGAACCUAUCACUCCUACACUUACUACCUGAAGCUGGCGAAGAAGCGUAAGGAGACGCUGAGCAGCACCAGGCAGGAGAUGACUGUCAUGGUGAACUCCAUGGACAAGAGCUACACGGAGCAGGGCACCAACUGCGAUGAGGCCUUCUCCUUCAUGGACACACACAACCUCAAUGGCAGGACUGUGUCCUCGCCAUCAUCAUUCACCAUGAAGACAAACACUCUCAGCACGACUGUCCCAAACUCCUACUAUCCAGACCCCUUUGUGCCAACCGCGAUUCUAGUGCCCAUUAAUGAUGAGAGCCAGACCAUGGCGAGUGACACCAGCAGCCUGGUGCAGUCCCACAGCCACUCGUAUAAGAAAAGAGAGGCGGUGGACGUGCCCUACCAGACCGGCCAGCUGCACCCAGCCAUCCGUGUGGCUGACCUGCUGCAGCACAUCACCCAGAUGAAGUGCGCCGAGGGCUAUGGCUUCAAGGAGGAGUAUGAGAGCUUUUUUGAAGGACAGUCGGCACCCUGGGAUUCGGCCAAGAAGGACGAGAACCGAAUGAAGAACCGAUAUGGGAACAUCAUUGCAUAUGAUCACUCCCGCGUGAGACUGCAGCCCCUGGAGGGGGAGACCACCUCUGAUUACAUCAAUGCUAAUUACGUGGAUGGCUACCACAGGCCAAACCACUACAUUGCUACUCAAGGUCCCAUGCAGGAGACAGUCUUUGACUUCUGGCGGAUGGUGUGGCAGGAGAACACAGCCACCAUUGUCAUGGUGACCAACCUGGUGGAAGUGGGGAGGGUGAAGUGCUGCAAGUACUGGCCAGACGACACAGAGAUCUACAGGGACAUGAAGGUGACGCUGAUCGAGACCCAGCUGCUGUCUGAGUACGUCAUCAGGACUUUCGCUGUGGAAAAGAGAGGGGCCCAUGAGAUCAGGGAGAUUCGGCAGUUCCAUUUCACCGGCUGGCCGGACCACGGCGUGCCCUACCAUGCCACAGGGCUGCUGGGCUUCAUCAGAAGGGUGAAGGCCAAGACCCCAGCCAACGCCGGACCCAUGGUGAUCCACUGCAGCGCGGGGGCGGGGCGGACCGGCUGCUUCAUUGUAAUUGACAUCAUGCUAGACAUGGCCGAGAGGGAGGGGGUGGUGGACAUCUACAACUGCGUUCGAGAGCUGCGCUCCAGGAGGGUCAACAUGGUCCAGACGGAGGAGCAGUACGUCUUCAUCCACGACGCUAUCCUGGAGGCCUGCCUCUGUGGAGACACCACCAUACCUGCCAGCCAGCUGCGCUCCGUCUACUAUGACAUGAACCGCCUUGACCCGCAGACCAACUCCAGCCAAAUCAAAGAGGAGUUCCGGACGCUGAACAUGGUUACCCCCACGCUGCGGGUGGAGGACUGCAGCAUCGCCCUGCUCCCUCGGAACCACGAGAAGAACCGCUGCAUGGACGUUCUGCCCCCUGACCGCUGCCUGCCCUUCCUCAUCACCAUCGACGGGGAGAGCAGCAACUACAUCAAUGCCGCGCUAAUGGACAGCUACAAACAGCCGUCUGCGUUCAUUGUUACCCAGCAUCCACUGCCAAACACAGUCAAAGACUUCUGGAGGCUGGUACUGGACUACCACUGCACUUCGAUAGUGAUGCUGAACGACGUGGAUCCAGCCCAGCUGUGCCCCCAGUACUGGCCUGAGAACGGGGUGCACCGCCACGGGCCCAUCCAAGUGGAGUUUGUGUCGGCCGACCUGGAGGAAGACAUCAUCAGCAGGAUAUUCCGCAUCUACAACGCGGCGCGGCCGCAGGAUGGAUACCGCAUGGUCCAGCAGUUCCAGUUCCUGGGCUGGCCCAUGUACCGGGACACGCCCGUGUCCAAGCGCUCCUUCCUCAAGCUCAUUCGGCAGGUGGAGAAGUGGCAGGAGGAGUACGAUGGAGGGGAGGGCCGCACUGUUGUGCACUGCCUGAAUGGAGGCGGGCGCAGCGGGACGUUCUGUGCCAUCAGCAUCGUGUGUGAGAUGCUGCGACACCAGCGGUCGGUGGACGCCUUCCACGCCGUCAAAACGCUGAGGAACAACAAACCCAACAUGGUGGAUCUGCUGGAUCAGUACAAGUUUUGCUAUGAAGUCGCACUGGAGUACUUGAAUUCUGGGUAACUUGCCUUGAAGCUCCAACCUCUUCUCCUGAGCUAUACUUGGAGAGAGAUUCAAGCUUCGGAUGCGGGUCAAGGACACGAGGGGCACUGCUCCCACGGGCAAACGGACAUUGGCAAUGCCCAUCUGACGUGACCCGUGUUUCCCCAAUCUCUAUGUACAGAAAGAAUUGACCAGACAAGUGUUUGCCUGUGUUUUUAUCUCAUCAGAGCUCCAUCCAUCCCUGCUAGCUGGACACCCAGGGGAGUGCGGAGUCACAUGACCUGCUUUUACUGUUUUUUUUUUAAACUCCCUUCUCGCCCGUGACCUUUGGUUGUUGCCUUUAUCCUCAUUGGACAGUGAGCGUAAUUUCCAUUCUAUUGUGGGGAAUGCAGUGUAGCGUAAUGUGUGUAUGUUAUUUUUUUUAUUAUUUCGUGAUUACAUUCGUUAACACAAAGCUGCAUGACGUAGCUGAAGCAAACCGCCAUUUUCAGUUUUCAAGACUUCAGAUGCUAAGUGUUGUGCUGUUAUUUCCAGUCAUCAUCGCAUCGGAGACAAAAACGUCAGUGUGGUCUACAUAAGAGCUUACGACAUGUCCAGUCAAAGAGUCCAAAGCUUUUGUUA